AUGGAGAGGACACCAGCAGCUGAGAUGCAAUUCUUCAAAUCGAGAGAAAGAGGCUCACAAUUUUUACAGAAUCAAUGGAAAGCAAAGAAGCAGACCAAGGAAGAAGCCAAGGCCGCAAAGCGAGGCAAACUAGAUCCCGACAGUGCACUUAACCGAAAUGCCAAAGAAGUCAUGGACGAGCGGGCACGGCAAAAGAGAAAAGCACAGGAGAUCGAGGAAGAGGAAGAAAAUCAAAUUGCCGAGCAGAACGACGAUAAUGGCGGGAUUGAUGUUGACAGUGACGUCAAUGGCAUCGAGAGGGAAAAGCCUCGCGAAGGCCUGAAGCAAAAGAUUGCGGAUGUUGAGCCCAACAAGAAGCAGAAGUUGUCUACGUCUCAAGAAGAAGAGGAGCCGAUCACUCUGUCCACCAAACAGGAGAAGCAGCUCUUGAGGAAGCAGAAGAAAUCCGAAAAGAGGGCGGAGAAGAAAAAGACCAGAACGAGUGACAAGAAUGUGGAUGAAGUGGUAGCGGAUGCUGCAGCCCAUGAAGAAGUACCCGUUUCGAAAACGACGAAAUCAAAAGCAAGAAAGGAGGCUCCUGCGGAGAACAUCAACAUUUUACCAUCUAAGGAAACCGACAAUGACAGCGCAGAGGACAUUGAUCAGGCGGGUGAGAUGCAAGCCAUCGAAAUCUCGGGUCUUGAUGGCGAAGGCGAGGUUCAGGAGUUACAGACCUCGUCAUCAGAAUCUUCACCCAAUUCACCCACUUUCGACACAGAGCAAACCCCCAACCAAGCAACUGGUGAACCAGCCAGCACCACCACCUCCAUAUCCAGCACCGUUCCACCCUCCGAGAGACCUAGACAUAUCAAAAUACCAGCAGACACGACAGCACUACGAGCUCGUUUAGCUGCCAAAAUCGAGGCAUUACGUGCAGCCCGUAAGGCCGAUAAUGCAGAUGGCAAGCCCAUUCGUACCCGUCAGGAACUCAUUGAGUCACGUCGAGUCAAACAAGCGGAGCGGAAGGCGCACAAGAAGGAACUGCGUAGGCAGGCCAAAGAGAUUGAGGAGCAAAAACGCGAGGAGGCCCUUCUGAGUGCACGCACAUCACCCGGCAGCAUCAUGAGUCCACUACUCAGCUUCGGCUCUCCCGACGAUGGUAGCGCAAAUCACUUUGCUUUUGGCAGGGUGGCUUUUGCGGAUGGUACACAGAUGUCACACGAUCUAAGCUACGUUAAGGAUGGUAGUGCCAAGAAGAAGGGUCCUUCAGACCCCAAGACGGCGCUGGCAAAAUUGGAAGCUCAGAAGAAGAGAGUGUCUCAUCUAGACGAGGAUAAGCGUAAGGAGGUAUUAGAGAAAGAGACGUGGCUUGCUGCACGGAAGCGGGCAGAAGGCGAGAAAGUCCGUGAUGACGAAACACUCCUGAAGAAAGCCGUCAAGCGGAAGGAAAAGGCAAAGAAAAAGAGCGAGAAGGAGUGGAAGGAGAGAGCGGAAGGUGUGGGCAAGGCUAUCAAGCAGCGCCAGCAGAAGCGAGAGGAAAACAUCAAGAAGCGACGGGAUGAAAAGCUCCUAGGCAAGGCUGGGAAGAAGGGAAAGAAGGCGGUCAAGAAGAACAGGCCAGGCUUCGAGGGCACCUUACGGGUUGGUGGAAAGAAAAGGUAG